GCCAAGCCCUGUCACUCUGGGAAUCAACAAAGCCCCGUAGCCCCAGCACCAGCAGCUUCCACUCAGUGCAGGUAUUUCUAUUUCAGUCCGACUCUCUCUCUCUGCCACAGAAACCGCUCUCCCAUCUCAAACCAUGGGUUCUCUUGCACGCAAAUCCGCCCUAAUGAUCUGCGGAGAUUACAUGGAGGACUACGAGACGAUCGUGCCGUUUCAUGUUCUCCAGGCUUUCGGAAUCCGGGUCGAUUGCGUCUCCCCCGGCAAGAUAUCCGGCGACAAGUGCAUCACCGCCGUUCAUGACUACAUGGGCUACGAGCUAUACACAGAACUGCCAGGCCAUCAUUUCACUCUGAACUUUAACUUCAACGACGUCAAACCCGAGUCGUAUGACGCUCUCAUCAUACCCGGAGGCCGAUUCACUGAGCUACUCAGUUCUGACGAUAAGGUGUUGAGCAUUGUAACCGAGUUUGCCAAAACUAGGAAGCCGAUUGCAACCACUUGCCAUAGCCAGCUGAUCUUAGUCUCUGCUGGGGUCAUGAAAGGCAAGAAAUGCACUGCAUUUCCAAGCAUGAAACCGGUCAUUAAGCUUGCUGGGGGUGUUUGGUUAGACCCAGAGCCUGUGACCACAUGUGUGCACGAUGGAAACAUCAUCAGUGCAAUAGGUUGGCCUGCACAUGCCGAGUACCUCAAUCUUCUCCUUCGAUCAAUGGGAGCCAACAUCUUGAAAUCACAGAGUAAAGCAGUGCUCUUCUUAUGUGGGGAUUACGUAGAAGACUACGAGAUAAAUGUCCCAUUCCAAGCCUUGGGAGGAUUGGGCUGCAGGGUUGAUGCUGUAAGCCCAAGCAAGAGGAAAGGAAAGAAAUGUGUUACAGCCAUCCACGACCCUGAGGGUGCACAAGUCUGCAGCGAGAAGCAGGGCCAUAAUUUCAUGAUUACUGCUGAUUGGAAUGAUAUCUGCAUUGAUGAUUACGACUGCCUUGUGAUACCUGGAGGAAGAUCCCCAGAGUUUCUGGUCAUGGAUGACAAGGCGGUUGCACUGGUCAAGGAAUUUGCAGAGAAGGACAAGAUCAUUGCAGGAAUCGGACAAGGGAAGCUGCUCUUGGCUGCUGCUGGCUUAUUGGAGGGUAAGAGAUGCGCAAGUGGUCAUGCAAUGAAGGCCAUAGUCAAGGUGGCUGGUGGAUUGGUGGAGUCUACCGAGUCCGUUGCUCAUGGGAAACUCCUAACUUCAAUCGGUUGGCCUGCACUUCCAGCUUUCAUCUCUGAACUUGCCAGCCUCCUAAAGUUACUUGUUGCCUUUUAACAAUUGUCCCUGAACCAUGGAAACAGAUGACCAUAUAUGACAUGUGUAUCAUUUGGAAAUUCUAAUCAGUAUUAAUGGAAUAAGCUCCUCCAGGUAUUACAAAUGAUAA